AUGGAAGAUGCUACAAAACCUUGCUUUGCCAAACAAGAAGAAUUAAAAGGAAGUCCCUUAGAGAAGGACUGCCGAGUCGUGGAUGAAUUUGGAAGUGGCCAUAGCAAUAAAACAGAUACCAGCCUUCAGAAGAAAAAGGGAGCAUCAGGUUGUUACGGAAGCAGUCCCAGGCAAGGGCCACGUGGUGUUUUGAGUGGCCCAGGCUCACUUAAAACUCCAAACUACAGUCCAGGGUCAAAGUUAACUGAUACCCAGAGAGACCAAAUGAAGAAGUGGCUACUUGAUGACCACCGUGGUACUCCUGACACCUGGAGAGAGUACCGAUCUGUUGCCUGGAUGCCUGUGCAUAGCAGAAUGAGAAGGGACUCCUCUCAUGAAGGUGCUGGAACCAGAAGUGCAAGACAGCAACUUCAGGAAGACUUACUGAGUGCAGAUGUACCAGACAUGCAGAAAGGAAGUUCUGAAAUGAAGAAGCUUAGAAAACCCAGAAGACCAAGAAGAAUGAGGAGAGAAGAGUAUGAUCAAGAUGACAUGGAUGGUCCAGUCAUAGACGAGUCUGUGCUGUCAGCAAAAGAACUUCUAGGGCUCCAUCAAGCUGAAGAACGAUUGAAGCGAGACUGCAUUUAUAGACUAAAGAAGCAACUUCGAAGCUACCCAUCAGCAAAAUAUACCUGCAAAUUAUGUGAUGUUUUGAUGGAGUCAGUGGCUUUUGCUCAUAAGCAUAUUAAAGAGAAGAGACACAAGAAGAGCCUAAAGGAAAAGCAAGAAGAACAGCUGCUGACUGCUCUGCCUCCUCCAACACCUUCCCAGAUACAAGCUAUUGGUGUUGCUAUUGAAAAUGUAGUGCAGGAGUUUGGCUUAAAUAAUGAAGAUCGAGAAGAAAGGCUCAACAUUAAAACAGUGAUGGAAAACUUACUGCGCCAAAAGUUGCCAGAGUGUUCAUUGAGAUUGUAUGGGUCCUCCUACAGCAGAUUUGGUUUCAAAACUUCAGACAUAAACAUUGAUAUCCAGUUUCCUGCCAGUAUGACUCAACCAGAUGUUCUUUUACUUGUGCAAGAAAGUCUCCAUAACAGUGAGUCUUUUACGGAAGUUGACGCAGAUUUCCAUGCUAGAAUACCAGUGGUGGUGUGCAGAGAAAAACAAAGUGGCCUUAUUUGUAAAGUGAGUGCAGGGAAUGAGAAUGCUUAUCUGACAGCAAACCAUUUGGCUACACUUGGAAAGCUGGAGCCUACUGUAGUACCUUUAGUAAUUGCCUUCAGGCACUGGGCAAAGUUGUGCUGUGUUGAUCGUCCUGAAGAGGGAGGCUUGUCACCUUACGUGUUCGCUUUGAUGGUUAUUUUCUUUCUACAACAGAGGAAAGAGCCUUUUCUACCCGUUUAUUUGGGAUCAUGGAUUGGAGGAUUCUCAUUAAACAAAUUAACUAAUUUUCACCUGAAAGAAGUCAAUAAUGAUGCUGUGGUUUGGGAGCAUAACUCCGCUGAUGAUGCUGAUUCAGCACAACAAAAUUCCCCUAGAAGGGGCAAGGUUCCUUUAGUGUUUGAUUCAGGACAGCAGUGUUCAGCACCUGUUGGUCAGCUCUGGCUUGAACUGUUUCGUUUCUAUGCCUUGGAGUUCAAUAUGGCUGAUUUGGUUAUUAGCAUACGACUCAAAGAACCAGUGUCUCGCGAAUCCAAGGACUGGCCAAAAAAGCGUAUUGCUGUGGAAGACCCAUAUUCUGUCAAAAGGAACGUGGCAAGAACUCUGAGCAGCCAGCUAGUGUAUGAGUAUGUUCUUCACUGCCUGAGAGCAACUUACAAGUACUUUGCCUUGCCUCACAGAAAAGGUGCAAAAUUGAGCAAAAGGUCCUCUCCAAAUGCCAGUGAGGAGAAAUCCCAAAUGCUUGACUGUGGAAAAGAUGACAUAAAGCAUGAAGAUUCUGACUUGCAAAACUUUGAUGAUACAACAAACACAGCAGUAGUGGAAGGCUGUGUAACAGAGACUAUAUGCACACACAAGGAACAUAAAAUUGAUCCUUCAAAACUGUGUGAUGGCUCAGAAAGUUUCACAGAAGAAGAAUUGGCUGAUGAUGUCAGUCAUUUAGAAAUUACCCAUGAAGACUCAGACUGUAUAAUUGAGGAAAUUAUUUCUGGAGAUAAUGAGAAUUUUAAACCAAGUUGUGAAGACACAGAGAGUGGAAAUGAGGAUGAAGAAGAGGAGGAAGAGGAUGAACAUGAACAACAAAAAAGAAGAUGGAACAAUAUUUUGGCUACUGAGCAGAGAAUAGAUGAAGACAGUGACAGUGGAGAUCUCCCUGUUACAGUUAAUGAGCACUAUGUAGAUACAUGUAGUACAUCAGACUUAGAAGGUUUUCAAAAUGCUGUACUUACAGAGAAUGAUGACUUUGGCUUAGAGUGCGGUGGUAUAAUGGAUGACAAGAUUGACAUCGAUGGGGAUAGCACUGAAGGUACUGAUGAACUGGAUGAAUCCCCAAAAAAAUUCAGAUGUUUAGCAGAGAGUCAGGUAUCCCAGAUGAUUAACUCAGAUGAUGAAGAGGAAGAGGAGGGAGCACCAAGUCUUCUAAACCAGAGAGAAUGCAGCAUCACAAUAGGAGCUGGAGAUAAACUAGCUGAUGCAUACACUGGAUCUGGAGACGAUGAUGCACUGUCAGAGGAAGAUGAUGAUUUUUCCAUCCCCAGUAAAUAUGAGAACAAAGAUUUCAAAGAAAAUGUAGAUGAACCUCUGAGAAUCAAUUUGAGUCAAGAGGAUGUUACUGAGAAGGGAAGCCAUUUUGAAGAGAAUGCAGCAGUAGAACAGUGCUUGGACUCUGACCUUUUUUAUGAAUUCAGUAAACACGCUUUUACAAAGGGCAAGUCUCCUACAGUAGUAUGUAGCUUGUGCAAACGGGAAGGUCAUUUAAAAAGUGAUUGUCCAGAAGACUUCAAGAAAAUUGAGCUUGACCCACUGCCAGCGCUGACACCCAAAUUUUCAGUUAUACUAGAUCAAGUUUGUGUCCAAUGUUACUACGAUUUUGUUCCAAAUAUUGUAGAGGAUUGGGCUCGGGAACAUAUAAGACAAAACUUGGAAAUCUACAUUAGACAGUAUUUCCCAGGAACCAGACUGAAUUUGUUUGGCUCCUCAAAAAAUGGCUUUGGCUUCAGACAGAGUGACCUUGAUAUCUGUAUGACAGUGGAUGGUCUGAAAACCGCUGAGGGACUUGAUUGCAUCAGAAUCAUUGAAGAUUUAGCAAAAGUGCUCAAGAUACAAUCAGGUUUAAGAAAUGUCUUGCCUAUAACAACUGCUAAAGUCCCAAUUGUCAAAUUUUUCCAUGUCAAAAGUGGUCUUGAAGUAGACAUCAGCUUAUAUAAUACUCUGGCCUUGUAUAACACAAGACUCCUGUCAUCAUAUGCAGCCAUUGAUCCCAGAGUAAAAUAUCUGUGUUACACAAUGAAAGUCUUCGUCAAGAUGUGUGACAUUGGAGAUGCAUCUCGAGGUAGCCUGUCAUCUUAUGCAUAUACUCUUAUGGUGCUUUAUUUUCUUCAACAGAGAAAUCCACCUGUCAUCCCUGUUCUUCAAGAGAUCUACAAAGAACCAAAAAAGCCUGAAAUUUUAGUUGACGGCUGGAACGUGUAUUUCUUUGAUAAGAUAGAGGAGUUGUCAGUUGUUUGGCCAGACUAUGGCAAAAACACUGAAUCUGUUGGGCAACUGUGGCUGGGACUUCUCCGAUUCUACACAGAAGAAUUUGAUUUUAAGGAGCAUGUCAUCUGCAUCAGGAGAAGAAAUCUGCUUACAACUUUCAAGAAGCAGUGGACCUCAAAAUACAUUGUAAUUGAAG